AUGUCUUCCUCAGAAAUCCCAACUGGCACGAGCCCUAAUGGGAAUGAAAAAUGGCUGCUUAAAGUCAAGGACAAUGUCAUCAUACCAGGUACGCUGAGGAGCGUGUUCGAUGCCAAGGAAGCGUCGUACUUUGAGGGGCUGCAAGAUGCUGGAGAGAAGUGGAAGCUGGACAGAAUCGAGUGGACCGGGCCAGGGAGUCGUGUCGGUAAAGUGACUAAUAUGGGCUGGGCGGAUGAUAAAUUGGACAGUGAUUGGGUUUUCAGGCGUAUGGAGUGA